CCCAGGCGGCUUGCCCAACUGGCAACAUGGCGGCUUUGGCCCCUUCUCCAGGGCUCUCUUCCGCCGCCGCCUUCUCCUCCCCCUCCUCGUCUUCUUCUACUUUCUCAUUUACUCGCCAGUCCAAGAGGAACAGCGGCAGAGAGACCGGGAUCGCCCCAACCUUUGAAUUCAAACUUUGGGCUCGAACCCCAUGUCCUUUGGCGUUCCUCGUCGUGUGGUCAUAUCUCGUGAGUUCCUGCAAGGAGAACAACACCAACCACAACACGAUUCGACCUCGAUUGCACCGGCAGCGCGAAUGGAGACUCGCUCGUCCAUUUCGCCCGUUAUUGUUCUUUGUCCCGAGGCGAGUGUGUUUCAUGGUGGCUUUUGGCAUCGUAUGGAAACGACGGGGAAAGCCACCUUCAAGCCUGUACACGGCAGAAGUUCGUUACGCGGGGAUGUACAGAAACCGCUCGAUAGUUGAAUGUCAUCAUUCACGUUUCCUCUUUGCGGGGACGACAGCUAGCUUUCCCCCCUUCUUCCUUUGAUCCCUCCAUCACCUUCGAGUCCGCCCGUGGGCCAGGCUUCCGAGAGGCGCCAAAU